AUGGUGACAUUCACCAUGCUUCAAGAGACAGUCAAAAGGAAGUUGGAAGGCGCACGUUCACCUCUCAAUGGAGAGCAGCAGAAUGGAGUUUGCGAUGGGGGCUUUUCUCCAACCAGCAAGCGGACACGCAAGGAUGGGCCAGGCAUUGAGGCAAUCAACAGCUUGCCCAUUAAUCUGCCUUUGCCUGCUGUUUCUCCUCUUCACCAGCUUGACAUGAAAGCUCCUGUGCUCCUGCAGAACAGUGGAACUCACAGGAGUAGUCUGGAAGACUUGGGUGAAAACGGUGGGCUUUCUGAGAUAAAGCUCCCUGUUAACGGCUGCAGCGAGCUGGAUGAUGGUUUUAACAUCCUGCACAACAAGGAGCUAAAGCAAGAGCCCCUGGAUGACUCCAACUGCAUAGACACUUCUGAAACAUCUCUUUCCAAUCAGAACAAGCUCUUCUCAGACAUUAACCUAAAUGAUCAGGAGUGGCAGGAGCUCAUAGACGAGCUGGCGAACACCGUCCCAGAAGAUGAUAUACAGGAUUUGUUCAAUGAAGACUUUGAAGAGAAGAAGGAGCCUGAAUAUCCCAGGCCUGCCACAGAGACUCAGGAGAGCGCGAGCGUGAAAAGUGAUCCAUCCCAUUCUCCAUUCACUCAUGUCCCAUUGGGAUCUCCCCAGGUCAGACCAUCUUCUUCCGGUCCUCCAUUUUCCAACAUCUCCUCAGGCUCCAGCGUUGCCUCAGCAUCCAGCGCGCCGCUGGCCCCAGUCCCUGCUGGCUCUCCAGCAAAUUGUGUGGUGCAGUCCCCUCAGACCCCCGGCCAGGCCCACACUCCCGGACAAACGCAGGGGCGCUCCGGGAAUGGCUUCCUGAUGAGCGCGGCCUCGGCCGUGGCGGGCUCAGGGCCUGGCCCCAGCGCUGACCUGUCCCCAGCCGAGCAGCUCAAGCAGAUGGCAGCCCAGCAGCAGCAAAGGGCCAAGCUCAUGCAGCAGAAGCAGCAGCACCCAAAUCAGCCCUCAAGCUGGUCACCAGGGGGGCCUCCAUCCAGUCCCUACGGAGCACCCUUCAGUGCAGACAAACCAAAUAGCCCAAUGAUGUAUUCUCAAGCCUUUAACAACCAAAACCCUGUAGUGCCUCCUAUGGCAAACAACCCCCAGAAGACCACAAUCAAUAACUACCUCCCUCAAAAUCAUAUGAACAUGAUCAGUCAGCAGCCAAAUAAUUUGGUCACAAACUCCUUGGGCAAGCAGCCCAAUCUGCUUUCUUAUGGCAACACCAAACCUCUGACCCAUUUCAGCACUGAGCUGGGUCAGAUGAUGGCCCCGGCAAUGGCAAACCCCGGGAAGAACACCAUGGUGCCCUACAUCCAGCAGCAGCAGCAGGCCCAGCAGGCCCAGGUGCCAGCCCACGUGGCACACCUGAGCGAGGAGCAGAAACGCAUGCUCAUCAUGAAGCAGAAAGGAAUGAUAAAUCAGCCCGUGGGAUAUGCAGCACUCCCUGCCCUUGGUCAGGAGCACCAGGCAGGAGUGCCGCGGCCCCUGCAGCCGGCGGGCUCCAGCAGCAUGGGCACAGGCUCCAGCCCCGGGGGACACUUCCUGGGCAGCCAGCCCCAGGCAGCCCUCAUGAAGCAGAUGCUGAUGGAGCAGAGGGCGCAGCUCCACGUGAUGGAGCAGCAGAAGCAGCAGUUUCUCCGGGAGCAGAGACAGCAGCAGCAGCAGCAGCAGAUCCUGGCGGAGCAGCAGAUGCAGCAGCAGUCACAUUUGCCUCGGCAGCAUUUGCAUGAGCAGCGAAGCCCAUAUCCAGUGCAACAGGUCAACCAAUUCCAAGGUUCACCCCAGGAUAUGGUGGCUGUGAGGAACCAGGUAGCCCUGCAGAGCAUGAGAACAUCCCGAAUGAUGGCCCAGAAUGCGAGCAUGAUGGCCAUGGGUGCCUCCCAGAGCUCCAGCACGCUGCUCACCACGGCAGGCCAGUCGGAUGUGGGAGUGACUCCUUACAGCAACGCCUCUGCCAGCCAGCCAGGAAUGUACAGCAUCAGCACGGGCAUGAGCCAAGUGUUGCAGCACCCAAACCAAAGUGGCAUGAACCUGGCGCAGAGCACGGGCCAGGGGGCACAGCAGGCUGCCUCUGGACAAGCAGUGGGAAUGGUUGGAAGUUUUGGUCAGAACAUGCUGGUGAACUCUGCUCUUCCCCAGCAUCAGCAGCAGAUGAAAGGACCUGUGGGCCAGGGCUUGCCGAGGCCGCAAGCGCCACGACUUCAGAACCUGAUGGGGCCUGUCCCUCAGGGAGCACAGAGCUGGCAGCAGCGAGGCCUGCACGGCGUACCUGGCAGGACUAGUGGCGACAUGGGGCCCUUCAGCAACGGCACCGCGUACGCCGUGCCAGCGGGGCAGCCGCGGGUGCCCAAGCAGCACUUCCCUCAGGGCCUCAGCCAGACUGUCAUGGACUCAAGCGGCACCGUGAGGGCCGUGAACCCGGCCCUGGGGAGGCCACUGCUGCAGCCCCUGCCUGGGCAGCAGGCAGGCAGCCAGGCCAGGCCCGUGGGGAUGCCAGCAAUGAGCCAAGGGGUGCCUGCCAUGCCGGGCUUCAGCCAGCCCCCAACGCAGCAAAUGCCAGCUGGAACCUUUGCUCAGAGCAGCCAAGGCCCGGCCUAUGAGAGGAAUCCCACUCAGGACAUAUCUUACAACUACAGUAAUGGAGGAGCAGGGGGGUCAUUCUCCAGUUUAGCAGAGGGCACAGACCUUGUGGACUCCAUUAUUAAAAGCGGACCAGGGGAUGAGUGGAUUCAAGAACUUGAUGAGUUGUUUGGAAACCCCCAGUGAAUGGGAUUGUAUAGUCUGGAGCUUUGGUUAUGUUUUGUUACGCUUGAACAAGCAAAGAGGAAGUCAGAUGUUCUCCCCAUCCCUGCAUUGUUGGUUUUUGUGUUGGUUUGGGGUUAUUUUGGGGUGUUUUUGUUUUUAACUGUACAAACCAAGCUGAUCUGUAGCCAACUUUGGAAGAUUCAGGGGACGAUGAAAACAUCAACAUCCCAAAACUGUCACCAAGCAAUCCUUGUUGUGUGGCAGUGCCCACUCUCUGUGUGUGUGCGC